AGUCAUCUGACCCAGCUCCAUCCUCUGCAUCAGCGGAUCUUGCUGCAGCAGCAGAAUCAAACCCGAAGUUUCCCAGCCCGCAAGCCUUGGUCACAGCAGCCAGAUGCCUAUGCUAACCUCAUGACCCAAAGAGAAAAGGACUGGGUGGUAAAAAUGCAGAUGCUUCAAGUACAGAGUGAGAACCCCCGCCUGGACGAUUAUUACUACAGGGAAUACUAUGGGAAGCUAGAGAACAAGCAGGCAGCUGAAGAGCUGCUCAGACAAAGGAAGAGGGCCGAGUCUCGCAAGCUGGUCACACCUUUCAUCCAGAAGGCAAAGGCUUAUGAGUCAGUAGUUCGAAUUAAGGGUUCCCUGGGCCAGGUGGCUGUAUCGACAUGUUUUAGCCCUCGCCGAGCUAUUGAUGCUGUAUCACGCGGGACUCAAGAGCAGGACAGAGAAGCUGUAAACAGUCAGAGGCUUCAAGUACUAUCCUGGAUUGAGCAGAUGUUCCUUCAGGUGCUAGACAUGGAGGAGAGCCAGAAGAAUGCGCUUCCACAACCUUGCUACUCUGGGCAACAAAGCACCCCAUUCAAGAAGCUUUUCCAGGUCUUAGAGACCCAGGAACAGAGCAACCUGGAGGAGUCUGCGGUUAGCCUCCUGCAGGUGCUUUCUGUGAGGAAGGGGAAAAUCUUGGUAGCUCGGCUGCUCCCCUUCCUCUCCCAUGAUCAGGGUGUUAGCCUUCUGCGAUCUGUCAUCCACCAUCUGCCCCGCCUGAUCCAGAAGGAUGCAGCUGACCAGGUUCUACAUGUGUUGUUCAAGCCUCUGGGCAAAUAUAUCAGUCACUUGACCUCCCAUCAACUCCUUCAAGGACUUCAAGGGCUCAUAUUACCAGCUGGCUCCUCAGAACAACCAGUCUCUGUGGUACUUCAGAAUCAGUUUGGAAUAUCUUUGCUCUAUGUCCUGCUGAGUCGUGGAGAGCAGCUGGUAUCCUUGGAUUCUUCCUUAGAAGAACCCAACAGUGACUGCACAGCUUGGACAGAUCUGCUGGUUCUGAUUGCUGAGGAGAUAGCCCAGAUGCCUCCAGCUGCUUUGGCAGAACCCCUGUCCUUCCCCAGGAAUCUCCUUCCCUUGUUCAGGCACCACGUGAACAAACAGCUGUUUCAGCAGCUGGAAGCCAGGCUGGAGUAA